CACCGGCUGCACCCGGAGCAACAUCUGAUUCUGUGUUUGUGAUGAAACUGGACCCGGCAGCCCCUCCCAGAACCUGAUCCACUCCUGAAACAAACCUGUUUGUUGGACCCUGCUCCGACCCGCCUCUUCCUCUGGGCCAUGUUUCGAAAGAGAGUCUCCCUCAUUUGCUGCGGCGCCUUCUUUCUCGUCACCUGGAAUGCCAUCCUGGUUCUGUUGCUUCUGGGCCGAGGCCCGUCGGGUCAGCCGAGCGAGGUGCAGGUGGACGUGGCUGAAAUGCCCACGGUUGACUUGGUGGGCGACGUGAUCCGGAUCGCCGACGCCUUCGAGUCGGAGCUGAAAAAGCAGAAGGACAUCCUGAACCAGAUCCUGAGGCACCGGCCGCUGUGGGAGCCGGUGAACAGAACCAGGCCGAAGGUGGUCACCCCGAGGCGGCCCGUCAUCCCCAUCCUGGUGAUUGCCUGUAACCGGGUCACCGUGAGGCGCUGCGUGGACAAACUGCUGCAGCUGCGGCCCACCGCCGACCUCCACCCCAUCAUCGUGAGCCAGGACUGUGGGCACGACGAGACCGCCGAGGUGAUCCGCUCCUACGGGGACAAGGUGACGCACCUGAGACAGCCGGACCUGUCGGACGUCCCGGUCCAGUUCGAGCACAAGAAGUUUCAGGGGUACUACAAGAUCUCCAGACACUACCACUGGGCCCUGAACCAGGUUUUCAGAAACCUGUCCUACUCCUCUGUGGUGGUCGUGGAGGACGACCUGGAGGU